CACACAAAUACACACACACACUCUGUCUCUUGCCAGGACGCCUCGCUCCCUGCCUUUGCAUUUUAAUGAAUCUCUUAACACGCGCAUUCCGCAAUCCAUAUCUGGCAGCUCUUUGCUUGGCAAUUGGUCUCUGACUGUCUGUAUCUCUCACACCCAGUCCUGCGGAGAGAGAGUGCCUCGGGCAGCUCAGUGUCACACCCAGCACCAGUUUUAUCUUGUUUUAAACCAGCUUGUUUCUUUAUACACAUAUCUGUAUAUAUACAUAUAAAAUAAGAGAAAUUUGAGAAGAUUGUUUGAAUUUGGAGUGAGAGACAGAGUCAGUCAGGAACACAAAUGCAGCCAAUAAGGACGAGGGGUGUCGGGGUGUUGGCGCGGGGGGGUCCGGCCCGGGGCGGAUGGAUGGGAAUGGGGAGAGGGGGCGAGAGAGCAGCGCUGGUCAGACUGCUGCUGGGGACGAUGCUCUGCCUCCCGACAGUGAGCAGCAGUAAGUGUAGUAUACUGAGGUGUAAUUCUGAAUUCCUGGGAGCCACCUCUGGUCUCCAGGGGGCUGAGGAGUCUGGCCAGUUCUGCACUGCUCUGCAGACAUUCGCCCACUGCACGAGGCUCACAUCGAGGACUUGCCGCGGGAACCUGGUCUAUCACUCUGCAGUGCACGGCGUCGAGGAUCUGAUGAGUCAACACAACUGCUCCCGGGUGGGGGUGGGAGACACACCUCGCAUCCCCCCCACCUCGCAGGACAGCCAAAACCGUUCAGACCCCCCUGGGACCUGCCAGUUUGGGGGGAGCCAGGCACACGUCCCCCGCUUGCUGCACUGCAGCCUAUUCGGGGACCCGCACAUCAGGACCUUCGGAGAUGACCUGCAAACCUGCUCGGUGCGGGGAGCCUGGCCGCUCAUCGACAACAACUACCUGUUUGUGCAGGUCACCAACGUGGCUGUGGCCGAGGGCUCCAGCGCCACAGCACCCAGCCAGUUCACGGUGAUCUUCAAGAGUUUCCCGGGCUGCGCAGUGGAGAAGGUUUACCAGGCGCAGAGCGACAACCUGCCAGCGGCAUUUGUGGACGGCUCGAGGACGGGUGGGGAGGGGCCGGGGACGAGCAGCCUGCAGGUGUGGGAGAGGGUGAGAGGGCAGCAUGUGGAGAUCCUGGCCACGUACAUUGGGACCACCAUCGUGGUGCGGCAGGUUGGCCGAUACCUGAUGUUUGCUGUCUUCAUGCCCGAGGAUAUCAUGAACUCCUUCGAGGAAAGGCAGGGACUCCAGCUGUGUCUGCGUGGCUGCCCAGCCGACCAGCGCAUGGACUGGGUGGUCCCAGAGCCUCCCCGCGGGCAGGACGGACCCGCCCCUGGCACGUUUACCCAACAGACAGCAGGAGCCAAAUGCAAGGAGAAGCUUGCGGUGGAGGAUUUGUACUUCAAGUCUUGCCUCUUUGACCUGCUGAGCACAGGAGACACGAACUUCACGCAAGCAGCUUUGUACGCCCUGGAGGACGCCAGGAGGCUUCUCGUCAACAAGGAGAGCGUUCAUGUUUACGAGCAGUUCCAACGCCCUACCCCAGCCAACACAGCCCCCCCACUGCUGGCUCCAACACUUCCCCUCACCCACUUGUUCCUGAUCUGUUUGUGCUGCUGUGGGUAUCUAUAGCCGUGUUCACCUGACUGGCAGGACCCUGAGUUUAAUUUAUAUCAGAGCGAGGGUGUGUGUGUAUGUGGGGGGUGG